CGACAACCUCUCAGCAGCAACACCGUCGUCGCCAACCCGCAGUCCAUAACCGUCGUGAUGGCUCAGGAACGCUCCGGAAUCGUGGUCGGCCUCAACAAGGGUCACACCACCCCUCUUAACACCCCCAAGACCCGGAUCAGCCGUAAGAAGGGCCAGUCUUCCCGCCGUACCGCCUUCGUUCGUGAGAUCGCCCGCGAGGUUGUCGGUCUUGCCCCCUAUGAGCGCCGCAUCAUCGAACUCCUGAGAAACACUCAGGACAAGCGCGCUCGUAAGCUCGCCAAGAAGAGGCUCGGUACCUUCGGCCGUGGCAAGAGAAAGGUCGAGGACAUGCAGCGGGUCAUCGCCGAGGCCCGUCGUGUUGGUGCCCACUAA